GACUGAGCUUCCUGGUUACUGGCUGGUGGAGGCGCCUUUUUUCUUCUCCUCUCCCUCUCUCAUUCUUUUCUUUAAACAUUAACAAGCCAGGAAAAUAUUAUCUAAUCAUAACUAAAAGACUAACUGUGUACAUCCUGAAUUCACCCUGGUGAGCUGGCACAAACAAAAGAGAGAAAAUACGGGCUGUAAAGUCGCUCCAAUAAGCCUGUAAAUUGUGCCCAUGUGCUACAAUAACACAUUUUUGAGAUCCUCUGUAUAAAUAUAAGAUCUGCCAUUGGAUUACAAUCGCUGUUUUUCUCAGGGUCGACCCACCUCAUUCAGUGCACAGUAGUAGUAGCAGCAGCUCACUGCGUCGAGGCGCGGUGCAUUGAGAAAAACAAGCUGCAGCCUGAACCGGAUAAUGCUCUGAAUUUAGGACAAAGCAGCAACCGGAGGAGCUUGAAAGUCGCUUUUUUUAUUAUCCCCUGGCGGUCUGUUGCUAACCUACAGCCAUAUUUCUUUUAGCAGCGUGCAGGCUGGUACCGGUGGACCUAUUUUUUUUGCAGGUUAGAUGAUAAUAAUAACAGUAGCGUGGGUUAUUCCGGAGUCGGAGGCGGUGGUGAAGCUGAACUGGGUGCUUUUUUUGUUGGCAGAAGCUCAGGUGAUUAAGUUAAAAUAUUAAAAAAGGGAGAGAGAGAGAAAAGCGGUGAGUGACAAGAGGCUGCAGUAAAGUGGGGGGAGAGGUGGUGGUGGUGGUAGUGAUGGUGGUGGAGGGGGGUGGAGGGGUCUGUCGAAGAAAUCAAGUCAAUAGAAACUGAAGUGGAUGUAGGCGCUUAGAGCUGUGACGUCACUUUCUACAUUGAGCCAGUAGUAGAGGAGAGUCAGUGGAGAUAGAUAGAGGAGCGCCGUAGUAAAGUACACACCGUCAUGAACUUCUCCCUCUAAAACUUCAACCUUGUUGCUCUAGAAGUCGGAGAGAGGACGAGAUUACAUUUUUUGUUGUUGUUCGACUAACGGAAAUUGCUCUUUAUUCGCUUUCUUUUUGCGGGGGAGUUCGGGAGGAAGGAAAAAAACAAGAGAGAGCGGGGGAAGAAGGCAACAUUUUGGGUUUCUUUUCGGGGGGUCGACGACGAGCGCUAUGUCGUCCGCGGCGGUCGCUGCUUCUUCCAGGAGGCAGUCGUGUUAUUUAUGCGACUUGCCCCGCAUGCCUUGGGCCAUGAUCUGGGAUUUUACCGAGCCCGUCUGCAGGGGAUGUGUCAACUACGAAGGAGCAGACCGCAUUGAGUUUGUCAUCGAGACGGCCCGACAGCUUAAAAGGGCUCACGGUUUUCAGGAGGGCAGGUCUCCCGGGCCGGGGAAGUCGCAGCUCUCCGGGAAGGAGAUCCAGGCGAUCAACCACGCUGCGGGGGGAGAUCCGGGCUCCCGGCCGCCGCAGCCUCUGGACCGCUACCCUCUGUCCGACCGCCCGCCCAGGCUGGGUCCAGAGUAUCAGCCUAGAGGGCAGACAAACGGCAUCCAGCUCCCUAAUGGAUUUCCUAAGCCUGACGAGCCACCAGAGCUGAACCGCCAGAGCCCCAACCCGCGCAGGAAUAACACGGUGCCCCCGAAUUUAGUGCCUUUGCCUAACGGGGGCUUGACCCCGGGGCAUGCCGUCAACGGCAGGAACCCGAUCGGGCUUUCCUCCACUCUGGCGGGCGGUAGUCCCGCCGACAUGGGCAAGAGACCCGCCUCGGUCUCCAGCACCGAGCACGACAGAGAGCUGAAGGAGAAGCACAGACCCGACAGUCUCACGCCGGAGAUCUCGGAGAGCCACAAAAACAGGGCAGACCCGGACUGGAUGGGCAAAGGCAAAACGGUGAGGGACCUGAUGGCUCUGCACACCACGUUCGAGACCAGGUACAAGAAGGACCAUGUGCCCAUGCCACAAAGAGCUAUGGUCUAUGAGCCCGGCCCCACUCUUUCCAAGUCAGACAGAGGAAAACAUCCCCGGGGGAGCAACAAGAGAAAAGCAUCACCUGAACCGGAGGGAGAGGCGACAGCUGCCAAGCUCAACGGAGAGGGACAGCAGUGGUUACCACCACCUACUGACGGACUGAAAAUGCCUCCAGUUCCCCCGCCAAGCUUCGCCUCUCCCCCUUCCACAAUAUCCCCUCACUCCCGCACCACCCCACCGGAGGCAGCUCAGAAUGGUCAGUCCCCCAUGGCGGCGCUCAUCAUGGCUGCAGACAACGCAGGUGGGAACAGCUCUCCCAAGGACGCCAACCAAGUCCACUCCACCACCCGGAGGAACAGCAGCAGCCCCCUGUCGCCGUCCUCCAUUAAUCAGAGGAGGCUGGCGCAGAGAGAGGCGCCGAGUGCAGGCACCCCCCAUGUGCCAGGCAUGGACCAAGUGCACCCCCCACAAAGCAUUCCGGACUCCUCUGUACCCAGCAGCAUACCUCUGUGCUGCACGCUGUGCCACGAGCGUUUGGAGGACACACACUUUGUUCAGUGCCCGUCUGUGCCCUCUCACAAGUUCUGCUUCCCAUGCUCAAGGGAAAGCAUAAAGCAGCAAGGCGCCACGGGUGAAGUGUACUGUCCAAGUGGAGAGAAAUGCCCCCUGGUUGGCUCGAACGUACCAUGGGCUUUCAUGCAAGGAGAAAUCGCCACCAUCCUUGCAGGAGAUGUCAAAGUAAAAAAGGAGAGGGACCCUUGAUUUUUUUCUUUUUUUUGUCUGAACACUUCUUUGGGGAGGGGAAGCAAAAAAAAUAUGAGUAUAAAUAUAUAAAUAUCACAUACAUACCAUUCAAACAAACUAACGGACUUGUACAUAUUGGACCCAAGGGAAGAGUAUACUUCGUAAAACAUGGUUGUAUAAUUUUUGAUUUUUGAAUACAUUGUGUUUCUAUAUUUUUGAAGAUAAAGGUAUGUACUCAUUAUAAUGAACUACGUUCCUCUUUGUUGAUGUUUAACAAAAAAUUCUUGAUGUACUUCUAGGUCUGGUGGCAGUUCCUGUUUAACGUAGAAUGUGACUAAUGCUACUCUACGAGCACUUGGCAAAACUAAAAAUGCUUUUAGCUGUACUUGUAUGCACUUGUUUAAAAAUUGCCAAAUACAAUUUCUGAUCUUGUAUGAA